AUGGUUAAGCAGUUGUUACAGAAGGCAGCUAAGAAAUGGUGGGAUGGCAUUCGUCCAGCUGAGGAUGGGCAAGGACAUAUGAAUGAGGAAGAUUUUAUAGCUCAUUUUAAUAAGCUAGUGCAGUAUACAAAUAGGGUACAUGACUCUUACUGGAAAGCGACUAGGCUGCUAGAGAAGACACGACCAGAAUUGAGGACUGCUUUAGCUCCUCUAGAGGUUUACAUUAUGGAGGAGAUGUCUAUUAAAUUGGAUAUGAAAGAGGGGCUAAAAUUGAUUGAUGUGGUACAAGAGUUCCUAGAUGUUUUUCCUAAGGAUAUAGUCGGCUUGCCACCAGAAUGGGAAGUAGAGAUCUUUAUUGACUUGGUACUUGGGACAAAGCCCAUCUCUAAGGCUCUUUAUCAAAUGUCACCUUUAAAGUUAGCUGAGUUGAAAAAGCAGAUUGAGGAGUUGAUGGAGAAAGGAUUCAUCAAACCGAGUGUGUCUCCUUGGGGGUCCCCAGUACUAUUUGUUAAGAAGAAAGAUGUUAAGGUUAGGGCGGAAGAUGUGCCAACAACUGCAUUCAUAACUAGAUACGGAUAUUAUGAGUUCUUGGUAAUGCUGUUUGGGCUUACUAAUGCACCUGCAAUCUUUAUAGACUAUAUGAAUUGGAUUUUCAAGGCAUAUCUGGACAGAUUUUUAGGACAUGUUGUAUCAACAGAAGAUGUGGUAGUAGACCCGAGUAAAAUCAAGGAGGGUGAUUCGGGCUCUAUUCCUCAUGGUGAGGAUGUCUUGGAGAAGACUUUGGGGAAUGUUGACCACCCUGGUCGUGUUUUAGGUGUAGGAUUUAGAGUUACCAAGAAGAAGUACUUCAUGACAGUGCCAAAGAAGCCUAAAAAGACUACUAAUCAUGAAGAGACCACUUCUACAUUUGCCCUAAAGGCUCCUGCACUUCCCUUAAAGACUACCCUUACCCUUUCUCUGAAGCUUAAGUGA